UCCACAGAGGCCGGAGGCCACUAACUGCAAGGAAACAGUCUCCGCUCCCGCCUCCGAUCUCACCCUGUUCCCUUCUCUCCUCUCUACCCUUCGGGUCUCUGCACCGCCUUGCCCAGGAGUUAAGCCUCAACGAAUGCAGGAAGAACUACAUUUCCCAGAGUGCCUCGCGAGUCAGUGUCCUCCAACCAGAGCUCUCCAGACCGCGCCAUUUCUGUGGCAGGAGUGGUGGUGCGGCCUGUGAUUAUGGCGCUGUUCCCGGCCUUUGCGGGCGUAAGUGAGGCCUCCGGUGAUGGGGCAUCCAGAAAAGAGUUAGAUUGGCUGAGCAACCCAAGCUUCCGUGUUGGAAAUCUAACUUCUCUGAGCCAACAAACCGAAGAGGUCACAGCCCUUGCUCCCGAAGGCUCACCACUGACAAGGAGUCCUCUGAAGUCAGAGCUCUCAGACGAGAGUGACACUAGCGAGAAGCUCACACAGAUUAGCAGAAAAAAGAAGAAGGAGAAAAAGAAGAAAAGGAAACAUCAGCACCAUAAGAAAGCCAAGAGGAGACAGGAGCAGUCAAGCAGCAGUGGGUCUGAGUCCGACGCCGAGGCUGGGAAGGAUAGGGCUUCCCGAAGCAGCAGGGAUGGCCAGAAGGAGCCUGAGAAAGCCCGUCAGGGAAGUAAUGUUGCUGCUGCUGCUGCUGCUGCUCCUGGACACCCCUCCAUUUGGCUGGAAGAUGUCUCCACUCUGACAGACGUCUUCAGGACAGAUAAGAAGCCAGACCCUGCCAACUGGGAGUAUAAAUCUCUGUAUCGUGGGGACAUAGCGAGGUACAAGAGGAAGGGAGACUCCUGCCUGGGUCUCAAUCCUAAGAAACAGUGUAUAUCUUGGGAAGGGGCUUCUGCAGCAAAGCGGCACUCCCACAGGCCCCUGGAGCGCUAUUUUACUAAGAAGAAUGUGGGGUUAAUGCGCACUGAGGGGGUCGCUGUGUGCAGUCACCCUGAGCCUCCCUCCUCUGAGCCCGUCACAUUCAUCCCAGUGAAGGACUCUGCUGACACGGCGACUCCUGUCGCAACAUGGCUGAACCCUCUGGGGAUUUAUGAUCAGUCUACCACACAGUGGUUACAAGGACAGGGCCCAGCAGAGCAAGAACCAAAGCAGCCGGACUCACAGCAAGACAGGGAGAGUGCUGCUCUGAAGGCCAGAGUGGAAGACUUUAACAGAAGGGUUCGGGAGAAUCCUCGGGACACGCAGCUGUGGAUGGCCUUUGUGGCUUUCCAGGACGAGGUCAUGAGAAGUCCUGGUAUCUGUGCCCUUGGGGACGGAGAGCAGGAGAAGCACAGGAAGUCCCUGAAGCUCCUCUUGGAGAAGAAGCUGGCUGUGCUGGAGCGGGCCAUCGAGAGCAACCCAAGCAGCGUGGACCUGAAACUCGCCAAGCUGCAGCUGUGCUCAGAGUUCUGGGAGCCCAGCGCGCUGGCCAAGGAGUGGCAGAAGCUCCUCUUCCUGCACCCCAACAACACAAGCCUGUGGCAGCGCUACCUCUCCUUUUGCCAGAGUCAGUUUGGCACCUUUUCGGUAUCCAAACUCCACAGUCUAUAUGGCAAGUGCUUGAGUACCUUGUCUGCCGUUAAAGAUGGCAGCAUGCUAUCCCACCCUGUGUUGCCGGGCACCGAGGAAGCCAUGUUUGGGCUCUUUCUUCAGCAGUGCCACUUUCUACGGCAGGCUGGCCACUCGGAGAAGGUCAUCUCUUUGUUCCAGGCCAUGGUCGACUUCACCUUCUUCAAGCCUGACAGUGUGAAAGAGCUGCCUACUAAAGUACAGGUGGAAUUCUUUGAACCCUUCUGGGACAGCGGAGAGCCUCGUGUUGGGGAGAAGGGAGCCCGAGGCUGGCGGGCGUGGAUGCACCAGCAGGAGCGUGGUGGCUGGGUGCUUGUCACCCCAGAUGAGGAUGAGGAGGAGCCAGAAGAGGAGGACCAGGAGAUAAAAGACAAGAGCCUGCCCAGGUGGCAGAUCUGGCUUGCCAUUGAACGAUCUCGAGCCCAGAGGCACUGGCGGCCCUGGCGGCCCGAUAAGACCAAGAAGCAAACAGAGGAAGACUGUGAGGACCCCGAAAGACAGGUGCUGUUUGACGAUAUUGGGCAAUCUUUGAUCAGACUUUCCAGCCCGGGUCUCCAGUUCCAGCUCAUUGAGGCCUUCCUGCAGUUCCUGGGCGUGCCUUCCGGCUUCCUUCCCCCCUCCUCCUGCCUUUACCUGGCCAUGGACGAGAGUAGCAUCUUCAAGAGUGAACUUUAUGAUGAAAAGCCCUUGACUCACUUCAACCCUUCGUUUUCGGGCAUUAGCUGUGUUGGCUACAUGGAGCAGUUGGGGUGUCCCCGCUGGACCAAAGGCCACAACCGAGAGGGCGAGGAGUUUGUCCGCAACGUCUUCCACCUGGUGCUGCCUUUGUUCUCGGGCAGGCAGAAGUCCCAGCUCUGCCUCUACUGGUUACAGUACGAGAUCGCAAAGGUCAUUUGGUGUCUACACACUAAAAAGAAGCGAUUAAAGUCUCAGGGAAAGAACUGCAAAAAACUAGCCAAGAAUCUCCUUAAGGAGCCAGAAAACCGCAACAACUUCUGCCUGUGGAAGCAGUAUGCACAUCUGGAGUGGCUGCUAGGCAACACAGAGGAUGCCAGAAAGGUGUUCGAUACAGCGCUCAGCCUGGCCGGCAGCAGUGAGCUGAAGGACCGUGAACUCUGUGAACUCAGUCUGCUCUAUGCCGAGCUGGAGAUGGAGCUGUCGCCGGACUCGAGAGGAGCCACCACAGGCCGAGCUGUCCACAUACUAACACGGCUGACGGAGAGCAGUCCCUACGGGCCCUACACUGGGCAGGUCUUGUCCACGCAGGUGCUGAGAGCCCGGAAGGCUUAUGAGCACGCUCUGGAGGACUGUCUGGGGCAGAGCUGUGCCUCCAGCCCAGCUCCUGCGGAGCCUCUGGACUGCCUGGGGAGCCUGGUGAGAUGCUUCAUGCUCUUCCAGUAUCUGACUGUGGGAAUUGAUGCUGCUGCGCAGAUAUAUGGACAGGUGUUUUCCAAGCUGAAGGGCUCUGCUCUCCCAGAAGGCCCUGGGUCAGAGGACAGCGUCAGCUCCCAGAGUUUGACCAGUGUUCUUGAGUCUGUCACCCUGAUGUACACAAGUCUGCUGCGAUUCCACAUGAAUGUUUGUGUGUACCCACUGGCUCCACUCCGAGAGACCCUCUCAGAGGCUUUAAAGCUGUAUCCAGGCAACCAGGUUCUUUGGAGGGCUUAUAUACAGAUUCAGAAUAAGUCGCACAGUGCUAACAAGACCAGAAGAUUCUUUGACACAGUCACCAGGUCUGCCAGCCAUUUGGAGCCCUGGCUGUUUGCAAUCGAAGCGGAGAAGCUAAGGAAAAGGCUGGUGGAAUCUGUUCAGAGGGUAGGUGGCAGGGAGGUCCACGCUACAAUCCCGGAGACUGGCCUCACUCAUCGGAUCAGAGCUUUGUUUGAAAAUGCAAUUCGGAGUGACAAGGGCAGCCAGUGCCCCCUACUGUGGAGGAUGUAUUUGAAUUUUUUGGUUUCCUUAGGAAACAAAGAAAGAAGCAAAGGCAUGUUCUACAAGGCCCUGCAAAGCUGCCCUUGGGCAAAGGUGCUGUACAUGGACGCCAUGGAGUAUUUCCCAGAUGAGCUGCAGGAGAUCCUGGAUGUGAUGACUGAGAAGGAGCUCCGUGUGCGUCUGCCCCUGGAGGAGCUGGAGCUACUGCUGGAGGAUUAGAGUGCAGCCAGGCCUGUGCAGUCUGCAGAACCAAGAGCCGCGGCUGGGCAAGGAGCGGCUUUCUCCACUGUCUGCUGGGGCUUGGAUGAAUUGUUUUACAUAUUAUAUAUGUGAUCUCUAUGUACAGACAGUCAUGCCAGUGAUAAACCUUUUGUGGUUGA